AUUCCUUCGGUGAGUAUUCGUUCAGCCAACUUGGACCUGUGAGAGAAGACUCGUGGUACAGUAAAGAAAAAAAAAUAUAAACAGGACACAUUCAAUGGCUACUUCGAAUAGCCCGCCCCACAAAGGCGAUGUUUCCACGUGCUCGGUUUGCUUUGAACGAUACAAAAACCCUCGAUACCUGCCGUGUCUUCAUUCCUUUUGUCACUCCUGCUUGGAAUCUUACAUAGUGUCUACCUGCAUUGCUAAGGAAGCCCCUGUUGGAUUCCGGUGCCCACUGUGUAGAGAGUUUGUAGCUGCCCCUGGCACGUUUAGCUCACCAGAAAAAUGGGCCAAGCAACUGCCGCUGAACGAGUCUUUGAUCACUUAUCUAAAAAGCGAAAAGCCUUUGGAGGACCAUGAAACGUGCGAAGCGUGCAGAAGGACACAAGAGGAUCAACCGGCCUCGUUUUGGUGCAAAUCGUGCAUGGAGUCUCUGUGCGAUAUGUGUACGAAAUAUCACCGGAAGAAUAUGAUGACGCAAGAUCACAAGCUCGUGCAACUCAGUGAAAUAAAACUGUCUGGAUCGGCGAUGAUUGCCGAGAACGUCUGCACGAAACAUAAAGGGGAGAUAAUGAAAAUGUUUUGUGCCGACCAUAAGGAGGCUUGCUGUACAACUUGUGUGAGCUUUGAACACAGGAAAUGCAAUAAUGUCGACAGCAUCGAUAAGUGUCUUACCGAGCUUCAAGAGGGUAAACAGAUGGAACGAUUAUUGAGGGAGAUCGACAAGCUAUCGCUCAAACUGAACAACAUAGCAAAGGAGGAAGAGGAGAAUGUUUCACAGAUAGAUCGGCAAUCCAACGAACUUAUCCAGUCGGCUGAGAAACUGCUACAAGAAACGCAGGCUCAUCUCGAGGAACUGAAACAAAUCUAUCUGCGGGAAUUGUCGAAGAUCAUGAAAGACAGAAAAGGGAAAGUAAACUCCUCUCUGGAAGCCAUUAGCGAAAAGAAACACUAUGUUGAACAUUGCAAACAGCUGCUUUCUCAGGUAAAAGACAGUGGAUCAGAUAUCGCCUACGUCUGUAAGUUUUACGAAGUGAAGCACAAAAUUGACGAAAUAAAGAAGACCUAUAUCAAUAAAGUGUCAUUCGAUAUCCAAGGGAAAUUAUCAUCCAAAAUCAAAGAAUUGAAAAGCAUUUCCAAGCUUUCCGAGCUCUCUGUAUUCCAGAAGUCUUGUUCCAUGGAGUUUGGGUUUGACGUGAAAUCGGCGCGCAUGACUUUGGAAUCUGAAUUCACCAUCGAGAACAGUUGGAUUUACGGGGGAUGUUUUCUUCCGAGCGGGGGGAUUCUGCUGGCGGAUUAUCCAAACUUCCGAUUUAUUUACCUGGACUGCGUCGGAAAAUCGAUUCUUCAGGGAAAACUUGUCGGACCAAAACCAAGGGACAUAAUCGUGUCAGGAUCUGACAUAUUAAUUGCACUGGAAGGCUUAAACGCGCUACAAAAAGUCGCCAUGGGAAAAUUCAGCCUCGGGUCAACCAUACCAACCGGCGAAUCCUGCUUGGGGAUCGCAAAAUUCCAAGAAUACCUUUACGUCACACGGCCAACCUCUAUCAUCAAACUAGACAAACAGGGUAAUAUUCUGAAGACCUACCCCACCCGGAAGUGGACAUACUCGGUGACCGUGACCGGAAGUGGUGAUAUCGUGCACUGCCAUUACGGCGGAAAUUCCGUCACUGCCAUGCGCGAUGACGGUCAGACACUCUGGGUAUACAAACACCCGCAGCUGAUUGGCCCGGUAUGCGUGACUGUGGAUUUCUUGGAUAAUAUAUACGUGGCGGGAGAACAAUCCAACAAUAUCCACAUCCUGUCAGGCAAAGGGAAGCUACUCCGAAUUCUCUCCGAUGUUCCCAAACCGUUCUGUAUGAGAUUUAAGGAGGGUAGUCUCUCAUUUCUUGUGGUUACGAACGGCAAUUGCGUAAAGGUGUACAAUCUGAAAACUGACUAAAAAAAAACAUCGCUGAAAAUUAUACCGAAAAUAUAACCCCCUAACGGAAGCGUGAAUUGUGAAAGUGCUAUGCUUAUAGAUUUACCUGUAAAGUUCAUUUGACAAUUAUCUAAGGAUUGAAAUUUGUAUAAACGUGUUUAUGUUAACUUUAUUAAAUCACUUUGAAACUUUU